AUGUCUAAAAUAAUAGAAACCAUACUCAAACUACGAAUUAAUCCAAACAUACUGGAAGAUCAAAACCCUCUUCAACGUGGUUUUACCAAAAAUACGGCUCCUCUUAUAGCAUCUCUAAUCAUGGAGGAAUUCAAAAGAGAAAGUAAAGACUUGAAUAAACCAACAAUAUACGGAAUGCUAGACGCUAAAUCUGCUUUUGAUGUAGUACGACAUACAAACCUAAUCAGAAAGCUAUAUCAUUUAGGCAUUUCAGAACAGUGCAUUUUAAUGAUUGAUAACAUAUACAAAGACGCUACGUCUAAAAUUAAAUGGAAAGGAAAUACAUCGGAUGCAUUCAACAUUGAGCAAGGUGUAAGGCAAGGAGGAACAUUAAGUGCCGAUGUAUACAAAGUUUAUGUAAACCAGCUGUUGAAUAAUUUUGUAGAGUCUAAACUUGGUGGAAAAAUAGGAUCAAUAAGUUGCUGUGCCCCCACCUGUGCAGACGAUAUAGCAAUAGUUGGAAGUAACCCAUUCGACAUACAAGUUCUCAUAAAUAUGGCAUAUGACUACAGCCAACGAGAAGGCUAUCUUCUACAACCUGAAAAAAGUGUUAUUUUACCGAUUAAAACUAACAGUCAAGUAGCAUUUACAGAAGAUACUUGGUUGAUGAAUAACAAUCCAAUGCCAAUUGUCACCAAAACACCACAUAUUGGUAUACAAAGGGAUGCAACCGAUUCAGCAGGUAGCACCAUAGAGGCAAAUCUUAAAAAAGCCAGAAGAUCUUUAUACAGUUUAAUGCACACUGGUUUACACGGAGAAAAUGGCCUAGACCCAAUAUCUGCAAUAAGUAUGCUACAAACAUUUAUAUUUCCAAUUAUGUUUUAUGGAUUAGAAAUUUUACUGCCUACUGGAAAAAAUAUAGAUUUAAUAUCAAAACAGUAUAAAAGAAUAAUAAAGCAGAUCCUCUCUUUACCCGUCAAUGUAGCUGACCCAGCAAUUUACGUAAUAUCUGGCUUGCUACCUGCUGAAGCAGUCAUACACAAAAAGGCACUCAUCUUAUUCGGAAGUAUAUGCAGAGCUGGAUGCACCUCCACUGAAUGGAAAAUCGCUGAAAGACAAUUAGGAAUUAAAUGCAUUAAAAGCAACAGUUGGUUUAUUGCUAUCAAAGCUAUAUUUUUGAAAUAUGAAAUUGGUGAUCCAUACAUCGGUCUAUUUGAUACGACUAUGUCCAAAAUGCAAUGGAAGAAUUUGGUGAAACAGAAAGUCAAUAUUUAUUGGUCAAAUCGAAUUAAACAAGAAAUUACAUUGUUUUCAUCUCUAGAACAUCUUGGAGAAAUUUUUACUAUUGGAAAAUGUCACCCAAUAGCAAAAACUAUAUCAGUCAAUAUAAGAGACAUAUCUAGAAUACCAGUCCGACUUAAAAUCUUAACUGGAACCUACAUUAUUCAGACAAAAAGGGCUGUGUUCAAUAAAGCUAUACCAGAUGGUACCUGUAUGAUGUGCAAAAAGAAACUAUGA